UUUACAGUAAGAAAUAUGCAAAUGACCACAAUAGACAAAACUAAACUUGAGAAGGAGGAUGUCAGCUGGUUUGACAAAGACAUUGAUGAUUUAGAAAUAGGUGAGACAGUAUCUGAAAUACCAGAGGACAUUGACCAGAAUCAAGAACAAAGAUAUCAAAGACGAAAGAGAGAAAGUUCCUCAGGAGGAAUAAGAUUUCCAAUAGAUUUAUGGGUAGCUUUGUCAUGUCAAAUACUACCAGAGCAGAUUCUGACAUUUGCACAGAUCUGUCGAGCAUCAAAUGCUGUUGUACAUACAGUACAGUUCUGGAAACAUUUAUACAAUAGAUUUUACUUUGAGAAAAGUGAACUUCCCGAAUGUUUAAGACUAGAGAACCUAGAGAGAAUAAAUGGACUACGACAGAGAGUUAUACGAUCCCUGUUCUUCAUCUAUCCUCCUUUUGUAGCAAAGAUCAUACGGACAAUGCCUUUUGAGGAUGAACCACAUUUUUUUGUGGGCCAAAGAUGCCUAUUUACUUGGCAUGAAAAAGUGAAAAAUGUGUAUAAUUUUAAUUUCAAAUUCAAAAAAGAAAGAAUAUAUGAAAUUAACAAACUGAAAUAUUUUAAAGAAACAACUGACUUAAAAAAUGGCUACAGAGAUUUAUAUUUCAAUCAAGAAAAUGAUUAUUAUGUUUUAGAAGUGACUUGCCAGACUUUCCUAUCUGUACCUUCUGUGAUGGGACUUGUUUUAAGUAAUGUCUAUCUUAAGUUAAGUAGCGGUAUGAGAUACCAUUGUUUAAAGUUAGUUUUUGAUACUAAUAUAAAAGGCAUUCCAGUAGGUAACAGAAAGUUCAUUGAAGAUACUGUUAUGAUUCUAGAUCCGGUCUUAAAUGUGAAAAUAUAUCCUUGGUGGCACCCUAAAUAUCCAUUCCUUAAUAAUUAACUAAUUUAUGUAGUCAUUGUAUCAGUAACAGAAACAUGUGUCAGAAGUUUAAACAAAACGUUACUAAAAAAAAUGGAGUUAUCUACCCUCAAUUAGAAAAGAAGAUUUCCAGUUAUUGCAUUUGGCUAACCUUCAAUACUCAAAUAUUAAAGUUUGGGCUAGUUUCAUGGGCCUGAAUUUCCUUAUUUUCUGAUAGGAUGUGUAUAAUAUGUAUAAUUUUUAUCUUGUUCAAGUGUAAUGCUUUUAUUUAAGGAGGCUCGCAGGUACAAACAAAUCAGCAUCAAAAAUCAAAUAUUUGAACAAUUUUUUUUUCAUUACAAAUUUUAUUUAUAACACUAUUAGUUGUUACUUUAUAAUAUGGCACACAGAUCAACCAAAAAAAUCAAUUCGUUAUGGACCCAGAUGACUUUUAAAUGUUUAUAUCAUUGCAAAAGCUCCACUUUAUCUCCCUUUGGUGAAAAAAAUGCAUUUUUUUGGCAUUUAAUUUGAAAUAUCUUUUCAACUUAUCAGUGACCUAUAUUUUUUUUUUUAUUUUUUCAUAUUAGCUGUACUUUAAGUAAACUAGUGUAUGAUUUAAGCGUUUCUGUAAUUUAGUUCUUUUUUAUUUCUAUAGUAUAUUACCUUUUUCUUCCUACUAGUUCAACAGAAAACAUAUAUCUAAACAAAAAUGCAUGCUUCUUUUGAAGGGAGAUUGUGAGCUUAAAUGAAAGUUGACACCAUAUUUUUCUUUUUUUUUUCUUUUAGGUUUGGAAAAAAGUUUAUUAAUAGAAAAAAGUAGGGAAAUUGGAUUAUUCUAUAAAAAAUGGAUUUAUAUCUGUGAGCCCCCUUAAGGAUACAUUAAAAUCAGGACAUUUUAGUGUUCCAAGUUAUUUUCCUUUGACAGUUAACAUGAUUAAAUGAUUUUGUUUUUA